CUCCAGGUCAACCAGUUGCGUCAUCCCACGGGGAUCAGCGUGCGAAAAAAAAACCGCGCCAUGUGUGCCGACGACGGCGCAAGGCCCGAGAAUGGAGGCGCGGCGGUGCGUGGCAGCAGCCCAGGGCCCGUGCUGCGGGCACCCAGCCCUGAGCCCUCGCUUGGCACCUUGAACAGCCCCUACUUCGCAGCGGCCCUGGUGCUGAUCAAGGGCGCUGCUGCGCAGGCAUUGGAUGUCCCAUUGGCCGCGACCACUGAGGCGGUGAAACCAUACGACGACCUUUGUGGCCGCAUCACCUUGAAUUCGGUGCCAUCCUUUCCAUCCAAACCUCAGAGAACCAGGUUCGAGCGGCUGGUGGCCGACAAGGUGGCAGAAGAUGCGGCCUAUCGAGUCUUCAGCAUGCCCAAGGUCGGGGCUUGGGAGCUUUAUACUGAUUUCUGCGACGAUGCAACGAUGUCUAUGGAGGAGUUGGAGGAUGUGCAGAUCUUGAGUUUGUGUGACUGGUCCUUGUCCUCCAUGACUCUUGGAGUUCCUGUGGUGAAGUCUACAGCCCAGCUGGGACGUGUAGAACUGACUGGCUUCAAGCACCGGAAUGAGAAGGGACACUUUGAGGUGUCCUUCAAGGUUCAUCCCGCAGGCGCUGAUCCGGUGAUGGCCGAGGCGCCCGAAGCCUCACGGCCAAGCUUGGCUGAGCUGAUGCCCAGCGUGGAACGGCCAGCUUGGUGAGCCCCCUAAAGGGCCAUGAGUUUCCUGGGGAAAACUAUGGUGUAUGAUAUCAGACAUGGAUAGGGCUAUAUUCGUUGAGAGCGCCAAGAACAUUGCUGACCUUGGGAAAGACCAUUUGGUGCGGUGUGCCACUGCGAACAGCAGAACGUGCAGCGGUAAAAACGAACAGCAGAAGUUGCGUUGAAGGGAGACUUUGAAGGGCAUCUUCUAAUAUUUUGUGUGUCUUUGAUGAUGCAGUUUUGAGUGCUUUCCUG